GAUUCCAAUCUGAAGUUUAAAAAGUUUAAAAGGCACUGAAAACUUCACCAGGAACAAGAAACUGUACCAUUAAUUAUAUAAAUGAACUUUGAGAGGGUGUUUGCUAUAAUGUGAGGGAGCAAAGUUCACUCAAAAAUAUCUUCAUGUGUGCACUUUAGUCUAACCACUCCUAUAGCUUUAGUGUGGUUUUUUACCAUCUUUUUGAGUUCCUGCUCAGUCUUGAAGUGAACUUCAACAGGCUUAUGUUAUGCUUUUAUUUCUGUUUUACUACUUCUAUUUCUAUAGCCUAGACAGUUGUUGAGCUGUUGUAUGUAUCUGUAUUCAGUAAAAUGGCAGAACCCAGCAUUUCAGGGGCUCAGAAUGAAUUUAGGUGUUCAAUCUGUCUGAAUCUACUGAAAGAUGCAGUGGCCCUCACCUGUGGACACAGUUACUGUAUGAGCUGUAUUACAGGCUGCUGGGAUCAGAAGAGAGUCUACACCUGCCUUCAGUGCAGACAGACCUUCACUCCAAGACCUGAUUUAGGUAAAAACACUAUGCUGGCUGAAGUGCUGGAGAAACUCAAGAAGACAAAACUACAAGUUGCUCGUCCUGCUCAGUGUUACUCUGGAUCUGAAGAUGUGGAGUGUGAUGUCUGUACUGGGGACAAAAAUAAAGCCAUCAAGUCCUGUCUGGUGUGUCUGGAAUCUUACUGUCAGACUCAUUUUAAACUUCAUGAAGAAUUUCACUCUGGAAAGCGACACAAAAUGACUGAUGCCACUGGACAACUACAGGAGAUGAUCUGUCCUCAACAUGAUAAACUGUUGGAGAUUUUCUGUUGUACUGACCAGAGCUGUUUAUGUUAUAUGUGUAUGAUAGAUGAACACAAAGACCAUAACACUGUAUCAGCUGCUGCAGAGAGGACUGAGAAACAGAGACAUCUGGAGGAGACCCAGAGAACAAACCAGCAGAGAAUCCAGGAGAGACAGAAGGGGCUUGAGGAGCUGAGAAAGGCUAUAGAGUCUCACAAGCACUCUGCACAGGCAGCAGUGGAGGACAGUGAGAGGAUCUUUACUGAUCUGAUCCGCUGCAUUGAGAGAAGCCGCUCUGAGGUGACACAGCUGAUCAGAGAUCAGGAAAAGGUUGAAGUGAGUCGAGCUGAAGAACAACUGAAGCGACUGGAGCAGGAGAUUGAAGAUCUGAGGAGGAGAAACGCUGAGCUGGAGCAGCUUUCACACACAGACGAUCACAUCCAUUUCCUCCAGCGUUUCCAGUCUCUAUCUGUUCCUCCUGGAUCUACAGACUCACCCAGCAUCACUGUCAGUUCUCGUCUCUCUUUUGAUGAUGUUGAAAAAUCUGUGUUUAAUCUGAGAGAGAAACUGGAGCAUUUCUGCAGAGAGGAGAUAGAAAUGUUAUCUGGUAGAGUGAGAAACAUCAACAUCAUUCCCACCUCUGAACCUGAGACCCGUGAGGACUUCCUCCAGUAUUCCCGUCAGCUGACUUUGGAUCCAAAUACAGCGAAUAAAAACCUGUUACCGCCUGAAGAGAACAAAGUGAUUAAAUACACUCGUGAGGAACAGCCAUAUCCUGAUCAUCCAGACAGAUUUGAUGGUCUUCCUCAGGUGUUGUGUAGAGAGAGAGUGUGUGGACGCUGUUACUGGGAGGUGGAGUGGAGUGGUUGGGUGGGUAUAUCAGUGUCAUAUAAGAGCAUCAACAGGAAGGGAUGGGGAAAGGAAUGUGAGUUUGGGUGUAAUGAUCAGUCCUGGAGUUUGUACUGCUCUGACUCCAGCUGCUCAUUCUGGCACAAUAACAAACAGACUAAACUCCCUAGAGUCUCCAGCUCCUCCAGAAUAGGGGUGUAUGUGGAUCACAGUGCAGGAACUCUGUCCUUCUACAGGGUCUCUGACACUAUGACCCUCAUUCACAGAGUCCAGACCACAUUCACUCAGCCUCUCUAUGCUGGGAUUUGGGCUAACAAAUUUUUAACAGGACUAAUGUUUUUCCUUUCAAAAGCGACACUCUGUGAUCUAACAAUAUAGAUGGUACAGACUAUCUACAAAUAAUAUAGUGAGAGAUAUUCUCAAGAUAAUAUUGUCAUGUUUUGAAUUUUGACAUUUAUUCUUAUGUUUACUCCAAAUAUUAUCAAUACAAUAUUAAUUGAUUUAUUCGCAGAUUUUAUUGAUCACUUGCAAAUGAUGCUUAUUAUUUAUGUAUGAAAUUGUCUUUUAAUUGGAAAUAAAUGCAUUUAAAUUAACUGUUAACAUUAAAUCCAUCAUAAUCUUAUUCUUUUGGUUUCAGCAAUUUCUAGGUAUUCCUUACAUAACAGUCAUUCUUGAGAAGUGGGACAAAACAGGGUGCAAAAUUGAAAAAAAUAAACCUUGUACUCAAACAAAUUAAAAUACAUUCUAUUAUUAAUCCCCAUAACAUUUACAAUUGAAAAUAUUUUUUAUUUUUAAACCUAAUAGCAGUUACAAUUGCUGGACAUGUUUUGUCCCAUGUCUCAAGAAUGACUGAUAAACAAAUGACCUCUGAUUAUCAUUAUUAAAACGGAGGGAGUGCACAUCAUUUUUACUCAAUGGAAUUAAAACUUAAAUUAAAGAUGAUUUAUAAUAUUACUUUUAUCAAGUGAGAAUUAGGACCUACAUCAUACAAACCCUAAGCACUACAGAACCUUAAACACUCAACCACUUAUUGGUAUCUACAUCACUGAGAGAAAACUAAUACCAAGA